UCCUCGAUGGGUAGAAGGAGCCAACAACUCAACAACUGAUAAAAUGUUUCGCCACUGAUCACCGUUUCAAUUCACAACAACAAGUGUGUCAACAACAACGGAACUGAAGCUCUGAGAAUCUUAUCUUCCAAACCGCUUUGAGAAAACCUGGAUAUCCGUGAUUAACUUCAGAGGAUUGGCAGCGACGUUUUGACUUUUGAAGUUGACUUUUCGUUUUCAACUGAAGACUAGCUAUACUUUAACAGUCCACUGACACUUGACGAUAAGUGCUUCUCCUUUGGAUAAAUCCCCUUCUUCUAUCAAGUGCUCGUGAACCCGUUUCUUUUCGUGCAGAGGAGAUAUGACCGCAUUAGCGGGGGGCAUUUCCAGGAUGAUGCGCCCCACGCCACCCCAAAACUACCCGAGAGGAGGCUAUUCCUUGGAGGUCUCCACGCCGUUAGGUCAGGGCCGCGUGAACCAGCUCGGUGGAGUCUUCAUAAACGGACGGCCUCUGCCCAAUCACAUCCGCCACAAGAUAGUAGAGAUGGCCCAUCACGGGAUACGACCGUGCGUCAUCUCCCGACAGCUGCGCGUCUCGCACGGAUGCGUGUCCAAAAUUUUAUGCAGGUACCAGGAGACCGGAUCCAUUCGGCCCGGUGCUAUUGGUGGCAGUAAACCCAAGCAGAGCACAACUCCCGAUGUGGAAAAGAAAAUCGAAGAAUACAAGCGAGAGAAUCCAGGGAUGUUCAGCUGGGAGAUUCGGGAUAAACUUCUGAAAGAUGGAAUCUGCGACCGAAAUAACGUCCCCUCAGUGAGCUCCAUCAGCCGCAUGCUGCGCUGUAAAUUUGGUGGAAACGGAGAUGAAGAUGAGGAUGAUGAUGAAGUGGAAAAAAGGGAGAUCGAGGAAAACGAAAGACGAGCCAAACACAGCAUCGACGGGAUUCUCGGCGACAGAUCAAGCCACUCAGAUGAGGGCUCAGACGUGGACUCGGAACCGGGUUUGCCACUAAAGAGGAAACAGCGGCGCAGUCGGACCACGUUUACGGCCGAGCAACUGGAGGAGCUGGAGAGAGCUUUCGAACGCACCCAUUACCCUGAUAUAUACACCAGAGAAGAGCUCGCUCAGAGAGCCAAACUCACAGAGGCCCGAGUACAGGUUUGGUUCAGUAAUCGAAGAGCUCGCUGGAGGAAGCAGGCAGGAGCCAAUCAGCUGAUGGCGUUUAAUCACCUGAUACCUGGCGGUUUCCCACCCUCUGCGAUGUCGAGUCUUCAGCCCUAUCAGCUGGCGGACAGCCCUUACCCUCCCUCAUCUAUCUCACAAGUGUCAGAUCAGCCCAGCACUGUGCACAGGCCUCAGCCUCUUCCCCCCACCUCAGUGCAUCAGUCUGGGCUUGGCAGCGGACCGGGGGCCCAGGAGGGGAGUUCGGCCUACUGCCUCUCCUCUGGACGUCAUGGAUUCUCUGGUUACUCGGAUGGUUAUGUGGCUGCGCCAGGCCAUGCAAACCCAGUGAACCCCAACAGCCUCCCGUCACAGGUGAUGGGGCUGUUGAAUCCAGGUGGAGUUCCCCAUCAGCCGCAGAGUGAUUUUGCCCUCUCUCCGUUGACGGGCGGUUUGGAGCCCAGUGCGGGCAUGGCUGCCAGCUGCCACUCUUCUCAGAGACUGGAGGCUCUGCCAGGCCUGGCCAGCAUGCCAACUCUGCCCAGCUCCCAGUCCUACUGCCCCUCCAGCUACAGCUCACCUGGGUACAGCGUGGACCAUGUGGCAUCUUACCAGUACAGCCAGUAUGGGCAGAGUAAGGUGCCUUUCAUUAUCUGAAACCUAGCAUUGACUGAAUGAAGACAGACAGGAAGGAGAUGAAGAGAUCUAUGGAUGGCCUGACCAUAAACUCUUGCACUUGAGCUCUCCUUGAAUGUUUGACCAAAAUGACCAUCCAUCCUCAAACUCCCGCUCCUCACUGGGUCUCUGAGCGAGGAGCGUUGUGGAGAAGCCAGGGGUGACGGCGGUCCUCCCCGACGCACGUGGGUCCAAAGUGCGACCGAGUUGUUUUUAUGAGGGGGAUAUUGUGGGUAGGGUUGGGUUGGGUUUAGGACCAGGAUCGAGGUGAGUGGUGGAAGGCUUAGUUUGAUAAUUUAGUCCUGGAGGAAACAGCCCCUCCGUAUAUCCAUCCUGUUUUGGAGCAGGCCACUGCAUCACACGUUCUCACGACACUUACUGCCUCCUUCCUGAAGAGCGACAUGGGACACACGGAGGACAAAGGGAAAGGACAAAUAAACAACUCAAAGACUGAGACUGUGCUUAUAAACAGCAUGGAAUGGCAGGGAAGAUAUACUCUGAUAUCAGCUGUCCACUGACGGACGCACUUUAGUGACGGUGACUCUUUGGUUGAGACAUUUUUAUUGAUAUAUUUAGGAAAUAAGGGCUCGGAAAAAGUGUGCCAGCUUUCCUUGUUUCUCAUCCAUAAAUACACAAGAACAUGUUCGCAAGUCAACGCUCUCAGGUCCUCUUCAAAGAGAGAAAGAGGUUGACCUUGAAGGAAUGCACUCGAGUGUCCGAUGGGAUUUCAGUCGUGUCAGAGAGAUAGCUAGACGGACAAAACGAAGAAGUGUGAUCCCUUUACUACCAGUUCAUCUGAGCACACACAAAAUACCGUAGUAUGAGACAGAAGUGAUGUUCAGAAUGGAAUACUAUCGUAUCGCUUAUUUCAUACUGUAUACUACAGUAUAUACUCAAAUUGUUUGAGAAACAGAACAUAUGCAAUGAUAAAUAUUUUCAAUUGUAGUAUGCAACCUGUUGCAUUUGAAUGUCAUUUAGUCUAAAACAUCUUUUGUAUGAAUCAAGAAAAUCGAAUUACU